UGGUGUGCGCAGCUGUCACUCAAAUUCGCCGUCACUCCUGCUUUAGUUUACGGGUUAAUCUCUAUGCAUCCUCACUGCAUCUGAGAUGACAUGAGCAACCAGCAGUUUACACAGAACAGCUGACAAUGUGAUCAUACAGAAUAAAACAACAUGUAAAGGCUCGAAGCGUCCAGGUUUCACUUUAACUGAUGAGGAGAGGGACGGGGUCUUUUGCUAUUUGAUAUUCGUGUUAUUGGAAAGGCGUGCCCUUUUUUAUCCGACCUGAAAACUCAUCGCAAUCAUGCAGCAAUCGUUCUGAUUCUCACGGCCCCCCGAGAGCCGUGAGAACCCGCGUCCACCGCCUUCGCCACGAACUUCAGCGCUGUGCGCAAACGGGACAUCUGGUGAGCUUUUACGCACAGUGGUGAGGCGCAGCAGCGGCGCGCUGCAUGCAACACGAAUGCACAGACGUGCAUAUAAACUCUCACGCGACUGAAAAAGACUCUUUUCUAGAAUUAUAACAUUUCAACCGCUCCUCGUUUCGUUGGACAUGGCCAAAGCGAUAUAAAAUUACAGACCCGAUUCUAGGACUAGCCUAAUUAACAAACCGAUCUCCAAUCACUCGCCAUGGAAGAGAAUCUGAGUAACUUGAGCGUGCUGAACUGGGAGCAGGUGAAGCGUCUGGAUGUCAUCCUUACCGAAUCCAUCCCUAUUCACGGCAAAUGGAACUUCCCCACUUUGGAGAUGAAACCUCGGGAUAUCGUCAAAGCGGUGCGGUGUCGCAUGGAAGAGCGCAAGAUCCACGUCCGGGAGGUCCGGUUGAACGGGUCCGCGGCCAGUCACGUUCUCCACGAGGACAGCGGUUUGGGCUACAAGGACCUGGACCUCAUAUUUUGCGCGGAUCUGAAGGGAGAAGUGGCGUUUCAGACCGUAAAGGAUAUCGUACUCGACUCCCUCCUGGAUUUUCUGCCUGAGGGAGUGAAUAAAGAGAAAAUUACUCCAGUGACAUUAAAGGAGGCUUACGUGCAGAAGAUGGUGAAAGUGUGCAAUGAUUCAGACCGUUGGAGUCUAAUCUCGCUCUCCAACAACAGUGGGAAGAACGUCGAAUUGAAGUUCAUGGAUUCCCUGCGGAGACAGUUUGAAUUCAGCGUUGACUCUUUCCAGAUUCGCCUGGACUCGCUCCUGCUCUUCUACGAGUGCUCUGAGAACCCAAUGGCUGAGACGUUCCACCCCUCCAUCGUGGGAGAGAGCGUUUAUGGAGACUUCAGCGUAGCCUUGGACCACCUGCAACGGAAACUGAUCUGCACACGAAAUCCAGAAGAGAUCCGGGGCGGCGGCUUGCUGAAGUAUUGCCACCUGUUGGUGCGAGGUUUCCGCGCCGCUUCGGAAGCCGAGAUGAAGCUUCUCGAGCGCUACAUGUGCUCCCGGUUCUUCAUCGACUUCUCGGAUGUGGCGGAACAAAGGCGCAAGCUCGAGUCCUAUCUGCAGAAUCACUUUGUGGGACUAGAGGACCGGAAGUACGAGUACCUGACCACCCUACACAGUGUCGUCAAUGAAAGCACGGUAUGCUUGAUGGGACAUGAAAGGCGACAGACUCUGAGCCUCAUCACCAUGUUGGCAGUACGUGUGCUGGCGGAGCAGAAUGUGAUUCCCAAUGUGGCUAACGUCACUUGCUAUUACCAGCCUGCGCCGUACAUUGCGGACGGCAACUUUAGCAAUUACUACAUUGCUCAGGUGCAGCCAGUCUACGCCUGCCAACCCACUCACACAUUCUCGCCAUGGUUGCCCUGCAACUGACCGAGUGUUAACUCACAUCUUGUCCAACAUGUCCAGUUAGAGCACUCGCCCAAUGAGACCAGUUGAGAAGUCUGUAUUUGUGUGCUCAACAAUGUGAGGAAAACCCAAGACUUUCCUAAUUGGCUGUUGCCAGCUCGCAGCAAGGAGAAGCUACGAGAGCGCCGGAUUGGGAGAAAGGGAGGGAGAGUGAGAUAACUUGGAUCUGUUCCCAUCGGGCAACACGUUCUACCUAGGCUUCCCAUGGCUAAGCGCCAGGCCUACAGAAGCGCAACACUGGCUGAGAGGAAACACCAUGGAGACAUUAUGAAGAGAAAAUUGUAUUUGUUUAUGUACAUAUUUGUGUGGUAGACAUACUUGAAGAAUCGAAGAGAUCCUGCAUAUCGUGUUGAAAGGGUGGAAAGAUUAGAAAGGAAAGUUUUAUUUUUGAUGCUCAAUACUCAUGUUAUCAGACAUAAAGAACUGAAAUCAAUGGACACUUUUCUCAAGCCAAGGAUAUUCUCGUAGAUACCAGAUACCCAAAACAGAUUAUCAAUUAAGUGCCUUAAACUGAAAAACGAAAGUCACUCUGUGAAUGACCCUAAAAAGUACAGAACGCUGGUCAAGGCAUCUUUUUGCAGUCACAUAAAACUGUGGGUAGUGUACAUGAAAUAAGUGAUGAAUAGUUGCAACACCUAUUUCUUAUAAUGGUACCACAAUAGUGAGAAUUAUGGGGGCUAUAUAAAAGUGUUGCAUGAGUUUUUCACAGCUUCUUGUCUCAUUUAAACUGACCUCAAUGUACUGUUGGCUCAGCGCUGGCUUAGCUCAGAUUAAAAUGUCCAGGGCAAUGCCAUUACAUCUAAGGCAGAGAGGUAAAACAGGUCGAGGCUGAACAGGAAGAGAAUUAAUGAAAGUUGUUUAAGUCCAAAUUGUUGUUGUUACAUCCAGGUUACCUGGUGUCUUUCUGCAGGCCUAAUUAUCACACAGCCACCAAAUCCAGAGAUUAUACCUUUGACACAUCUGACCUGCAUAACCUGGGGGAUUAAGACCAGCAGAUAUAGAGCAGUGAGAGGCAGAAGCACAUUUAAGGGAAGUACAACAUAUACCAAAGAUAUUCUUGAUAUUCCUCAAGAUUGUGAAGCAACAAUACUUGACGUUAGAGCAUCUACAUGCUGUUGGAACCCCAGUUGAAUUAUUCCGUAAAGUCUGAAUCAUCAAAGAGUUCUGAUAUAUGUUAAAGCCUUGUUCCAUAUACUCCCCUAAGCCCUUGCGGUCCUCCUCAGAGUCUACACUUGUGUGACAUAAUGCUGCAUAAUGCUGUCUGGUAGUCGUCCAAAGGUGCGGGCUCGGCAAAACGGGUGCAUCAAGGGCACUCAUGAGCACCCUUAAGAAUCCAAAAAUGGGACACCAUACAGUUACAUGCAUGCAAUGGCCGUCACAAGUCUGCAGGAUUGCAAGUUGGGACAGGGCCUGAGAUUGUCACUUGUACUCGUGGAUAAAUUCGCUGAUCAUACAGAGAUGGACACUUUCCUCCCAUACGCUCACUCACAUAUAAUCAUAUCUCUUAUUUUUCUACUGAUUCUUCUAUUUUUGUACAUUGUGAUGUUUGUGAAAAGGUCUCGGUUAGGACCUUACUCUAAUGCUGUGAAGAGUAUUGUUUUCUUUUAUGAGUCGAAAGAAAACCCGACCGAGCAUUAGUGCAGCAAAUUCUCAACAAGCAUUGGUGUAAAUUUUCAUACUGAGUCUUGGAUGCCCACACAAGUGUGAAUGUCUCUGUGUAUGUGUGUCUUAUCUUCUAAAUUAAACUUGUAUGUGAAUUCAGACGUGAACUGUCGAUGUCGCAAUGCAUCAUGUAUUUGCAAACAUGAAUGACUCAUUAAAUGGUGAUUUUCAAAAAAAAAAAAAAAAAA